GGCUUGGCUGGGUGUCUCUGGCGGGUCUGGAGCCAGUCUCGCCCCUAAUUUUACUUCUUCGGGUUGCCGCCAUCGGGCUUUACAUGGCGCAUAUGCUCCGGCCACAGCAUGAGAGGCUCUAUAUAGUCUUCUGCUGACAAUGGCCGAUCCUUUCAUCUCAUCCUUCUCUUCCCUCUUUGUUGCUGCCUUGUGACUUCGCUGGGAUGUCGCUCCAAGGUAAGGCCACCGGUACACCCAUGCAGUCUAUGGGUUCUUUGGCCCCGUCCAGCGACAGCUCGUCGAAUAAAACGGCCACCUCUGCUACUCAGGCUCAUCAUGCGGAGGGAUCGCACCGGCACAAGUUAGACACGGAGGUUUACGAGGAGAAUGGCGCCCAACGGGAACAGGAAGUACUCAAUCUCGCUCGCAAAUUCACAACCAGGUCCACCGACUCUCACCACCAGCCACUCUUCGGAGCAAACCCUGGGAAGAAGGUUGACCCCCAAAGUCCCGACUUCAGCGCGAAAUCCUGGGCAAAGGCCUUCUACAAUGUAAGAUACAAGGCAGAGGGCAACUCUGAACCCCGGCUGUCUGGAUUCGCCUUCAAGGGCCUGCAGGUGUAUGGAUAUGGCAGCGCGACCGAUUACCAGAUGAGCGUCGGUAAUGCCUUGCUCAAGCUUCCGUCUAUGGCUCUUCGCUUGUUCAGUGGAAAGCACGGACAGAAGGUCGACAUCCUUCAAGACUUUGAUGGUCUGGUUCUACCAGGCGAACAGCUAUGCGCUCUCGGUCCUCCCGGCUCGGGCUGCUCAACACUUCUGAAGACGAUUGCCGGCGACACUCAUGGCUUCGAAGUCCACCCGGAUUCUUACGUCAAUUAUCACGGUAUCACUCCCCGACAGAUGACGACCGCAUUUCGAGGCGAGGCUAUCUACACCGCCGAGGUUGACAUUCACUUUCCGAUGCUUUCGGUGGGCGACACGCUUUACUUCGCUGCUCUUGCUCGCGCGCCGUACCAAAUCCCCGGUGGCAUCAGUCGUGAAGAAUAUGCUACUCAUUUGCGGGACGUGAUAAUGGCCAUGUUCGGCAUCAGCCACACCAUCAAUACACGGGUGGGCAAUGAUUUUGUCCGUGGAGUCAGUGGAGGCGAGAGGAAGCGUGUGACAAUUUCUGAGGCCGCUCUGAGCUAUGCCCCGUUGCAGUGCUGGGACAAUAGCACCAGGGGUCUAGACAGUGCCAACGCUGUUGAGUUCUGCAGGACUUUGCGCACUCAGAGUGAUGUUUUUGGGACGACUUCGUGCAUUGCCAUUUAUCAGGCGCCGCAGGCCGCCUAUGAGCUAUUCGACAAAGUGACUGUGUUGUACGAAGGGCGGCAGAUUUACUUCGGCAAAGCAGAUGAAGCAAAGGCUUAUUUCGAGCGACUCGGAUUCCAUUGUCCCGAAUCUCAAACCACGGCGGAUUACCUGACUUCGAUGACGAGCCCUGUCGAGCGAGUAAUCAAACCCGGGUUUGAGGCUUUGGUGCCUCGAACCGCCGACGAGUUCGCUCAGAGAUGGAAAGAUAGCCCCGAGCGUCAGGAUCUCCUGCGCCAGAUCGAUCAAUACGCCAACGAUCACCCGUUUGAAGGACCCGACCUUGAGAAGUUCGAUCAAUCGCGAAAGAUCGAAAAGUCAUCCAAGCAACGCCAAAAGUCACCGUACACUCUCUCCUACUGGCGCCAAAUCCAGCUAUGCAUGUGGCGAGGAGUACAGCAGCUGAAAAAUGACCCAAGCGUCACUCUUGCCAUGCUCAUCGGAAAUUUCUUCGAAGCUUUGAUCAUCGCCAGUAUUUUCUAUGGUCUCGCAAACGAUACUUCCUCAUUUUUCUCCCGAGGUGCUCUUCUAUUCCUGAUGGUUGUUUUGAAUGCGUUCUCGAGUUUACUGGAGAUUCUAUCACUCUAUGCAAAAAGACAAAUCGUGGAAAAGCAUAAUCGGUAUGCACUAUAUCAUCCUAGUGCCGAAGCAAUCUCUUCGUUGAUCGUCGACAUGCCCUACAAGAUUACCAAUACAUUGAUCGUGAAUACGACCUUGUAUUUCAUGGGUAACCUGCGUCGUGAACCUGGUCCAUUCUUCUUCUACUUGUUGAUCUCAUUCUUUACGAUGAUGUCAAUGUCGAUGUUCUUCCGUCUCUUUGCCUCGCUCACCAAAACCAUUGCUCAGGCUCUCGCACCGUCGGGAAUUAUAAUGCUGGGUCUCGUUCUUUAUACCGGCUUCGCAUUACCUGUCGCUUACAUGCGCGGUUGGGCGCAUUGGAUCCGCUAUAUCAACCCGAUUUCCUACGGAUUCGAAGCUAUCAUGGUAAACGAAUUCCACGGACGUGAAUUCCCGUGUGUCGCUUUUGUCCCGUCUGGCCCCGGAUAUCAGAAUAUCUCUCCAGACCAACGCGCAUGUUCUACAGCGGGCUCCAUCCCUGGCUCAGACACAGUCAGUGGCUCGGCGUUUGUCCAGAGCUCUUACGAAUACCUGAAUAGCCACCGCUGGCGCAACUUUGGUAUAAUCGUUGCUUUCACUAUUUUCCUAGCCGUUUGCCACCUUAUCCUGUCUGAAGUGGUGGCUUCCGAGCGUUCCAAAGGAGAAGUCCUUGUGUUUCGUCGUGGCAAGUCACACAAAUCCAAGACGAGGCAGUCGCAAUCGGACGAAGAGCAGUCGGGCUCUCCUGAACUUCACGAGAAACACGAUAGCGGUCUUGAGUCAGAUGCUGAUGUGGAAAAGCAAGAUUCCAUCUUCCAUUGGGAAAAUGUCUGCUAUGACAUCAAGAUCAAGGGCGAACCUCGGCGAAUCUUGGACAACGUUGAUGGGUGGAUCAAGCCUGGCACCUUGACUGCACUGAUGGGUGUAUCUGGGGCCGGUAAAACUACUCUUCUUGACGUUCUCGCCAGCCGCACGACGGUUGGUGUUAUUUCGGGCGAUAUGUUGGUGGAUGGUCGACAGCGCGACGAAUCUUUCCAGCGCAAGACGGGCUACGUGCAGCAACAAGAUUUGCACCUCCACACAUCAACUGUUCGGGAGGCGCUUGAAUUCAGCGCUGUUCUCCGACAACCGAGUCAUUUUACCCGACAGGAGAAAUUGGAGUAUGUUAACAAGGUUAUCAGCCUCCUCAACAUGGAAGAAUAUGCCGACGCUGUAGUUGGAGUUCCCGGGGAAGGACUCAACGUGGAGCAACGAAAGCGCUUGACUAUCGGCGUCGAGCUCGCUGCACGCCCGAAACUGCUUCUUUUCCUGGAUGAGCCUACCUCCGGUUUGGACAGUCAAACCUCAUGGUCCAUCUGCAAUCUCAUGGAAAAGCUCACCCGCAACGGCCAGGCCAUUCUUUGCACCAUCCACCAGCCUUCUGCGAUGCUCUUCCAGCGCUUCGAUCGACUGCUUCUGCUCGCCAAAGGCGGCAGGACCGUCUAUUUCGGUGAAAUCGGGAAGAAUUCCGAAAUAUUGAAAGACUAUUUUGUGCGCAAUGGUGGACCGAUCUGUCCACCAGGAGCCAACCCGGCAGAAUACAUGCUCGAAGUGAUUGGCGCCGCACCCGGUUCGCAUACAGACAUUGACUGGCCUGUUGUUUGGCAAAACAGCAGGGAGCGUCAAGAAGUUCGUUCAGAGCUCGGUCGCCUGCGAGAACUGGUCAACUCACCUUCCGCGGUCUCUGAUCCAAACGACAAAUCCAGCUAUGAGGAAUUCGCGGCACCUUGGACGACACAGAUGUACCAGGUCGGACUCCGGGUCUUCCAGCAAUACUGGCGCACGCCCUCAUACAUCUACUCCAAGGCUCUGCUUACCAUUGGCUCUUCUAUCUUCAUCGGCUUCUCCUUUUUCAAGAGCGAAAACACCACCCAGGGCAUGCAGAACCAGAUGUUCGGUAUCUUGAUCUUCUUCUUCGUCGUCAUCCAAUUAAUGUUCCAAAUCAUCCCGGUCUUCGUCGUACAACGAACCCUCUACGAAGCACGAGAACGUCAAUCCAAAACCUACGCCUGGCAAGCCUUUGUCCUUUCGAACAUCGCCGUCGAAUUCGCCUGGAACUCACUCAUGGCCAUCUUCUGCUUCCUCGUCUGGUUCUACCCCCUCGGCGUAUACCAGAACGCCCAAUACACCGGGACCAUGCACUCACGCAGCACGCUCGCCUUCCUGAUCGUCUGGGUCCUCUUCCUCUUCUGCAGCUCGAUGGCGCACAUGCUCAUCGCGGGCAUCUUCAGCGACGAAAUGGCCUCCGCGCUCGCCAACAUCCUCUCCAUCAUGCUGUACGCCUUCUGCGGCAUCCUCGCCGGCCCCGACGCCCUCCCGGGCUUCUGGAUCUUCAUGUACCGCGUCAACCCCUUCACCUACGUCACGGCCGGGCUGCUCUCCACCAGCCUGGGCAACGCCCCCAUGCACUGCGCCGACAACGAGCUGCUUUCCUUCUCUGCGCCGCAGAAUCAGACCUGUGCGGAGUACCUGCGCGCGUAUGUCGCUGCCAACGGCGGGGAGGUUAUGAAUCCCAGUGCUGGCGGGGAGGAGCAGUGUCGGUUCUGCAGUGUUACGUGGACGAAUGAUUAUUUGAAGCGCGUGAGUAUUGAUUUUGACGACCGGUGGAGGGACUUCGGGCUGGUGUGGGUGUAUGUGGUGUUUAAUGUUAGUGCGGCGGUGUUUCUUUACUGGCUGUGUCGGGUGCCGAAGGGGAAGAAGACGAAGGAGAAUUAGGGGGGUUACAUUCUGUUGGGGACCUGUUGGAUUGGAUUGGACUCGGGAGCCUACGCCGCAAGAAACACUGCGGCAAGGUCCAUAUGAGGGAGAAGGGGGGUGGGGGGGAGGAAAGGGGAGAGUUUCAAAUUGCUGAGUUGGACCGGGAUGGUUGGUUGGGAGGGAUACAGCACCGAGACCGGGAUAAAUUGUGAGAUUAUUAGAUAAUGGCUAUACUACGCAGUCGGUAUUUGGGUAUAUAGAACAAACUGUACUAAUACAA